AAACAACGCCACAACAUUAGUAAUUCCCUGUGGGAGUGGAAAUAGGACUUCUUUUUUCCCGAAUACGAAAAGGUUAGAUAGAGUUGCCAUGCAUGGGGUCCGAGAGCCCUAUAUGAGGACACCAGCGCCGUCCCUUUUUUCUCCUCUCUCUCUCUCUCUCUCUCUCUCUCUCUCUCUCAAAAUGUGGUGAUUCCUUUGCGUAUGUAAUCUGCUCCACGAUUCUCUUGGAGUAGCUUGAAGUUUCCGCUCUGUUCUCUCUCUCUCUCUCUCUCUCUCUCUCUCUCUCUCUCUCUUCUUUGAUUUCUAUUAGCUUCCCGUAAAAAAAUAGGAGAGAAGAUUUCGUGUUUAUUGUUUUCCCUUUAUAGUCACAAAUUCAGGUUAUCAGGUCAAUUUUUUUUGGAUGGGUUUCAUUCUGUGGGUUGGUUUCUUUAUUUAUUGUUGUGAAAAAUCUCUUCCGUGAAAGCUAGAAUUUCAUGAAAUGGUUUGAUCUUCAAUUACUCCAAUUGGGUUUUCAUUUUUAGGGAUUUUCAUUUGUUUAAUUUGAAAUCUUGAUGGUGAAGCUCGUAACCAUGGAGCAGAAAGGAAAUUUUUUCAAUGGUAAUUUCUAAAUCAAAAAAUUGCUAAUCCUUCCCACUCAAACCUUCUUUUCCUGAAAUAAGCUGAUUUUGGUUUUGAUAUCCUUUUUCUUUCUUUCUGCUUUUGAAAAGAUAUUGGUUUGAAGUAAUUUCUGGUAUUCUAGUCUGCAAAAAUGGAUUUGAAAAGUGUUGAGGGAGGUAAUAAUGAUGGAGAGAAUGGCCUUGGCAAGUCUAAUACAGAGGUGGGAGUGAAGGCAAAGGAUGUGGGAAGUACCAGCGGCAAAGAUAUGUAUUUCAGAGCAGAUAUGAUUGAUUUCAAGAGCUGGGAUGUACAGUUGGAGAAGCACUUGAGUCGGGUUUGGUCGAGGGAUAGGGAAGCUCAUACGAAGAAGGAAGAGUGGGAGAUUGAUUUGGCUAAACUAGAUAUAAAAAGUGUCAUAGCUCACGGGACAUACGGGACUGUUUACCGCGGUACUUACGAUGGCCAAGAUGUUGCAGUGAAAGUAUUGGAUUGGGGGGAAGAUGGUAUUUCCACAGCUGCUGAAUCCGCUGCUCUUCGGGCAUCGUUUCGGCAAGAAGUUGCUGUUUGGCAAAAGCUUGACCAUCCAAAUGUCACUAGGUUCAUUGGAGCUUCAAUGGGAACAGUAAAUCUCAAGAUUCCUUCCAACACCUCAAGUGAUGCUAUUAAUUCCCUUCCUACCAGAGCUUGUUCCGUUAUCGUUGAGUACCUUCCAGGUGGAACACUAAAGAAGUACUUAAUCAAGAAUUGGAGAAAGAAACUUGCCUUUAAAGUCGUGAUUCAACUCGCUUUGGACCUUUCUAGAGGGUUGAGCUAUCUUCACUCAAAGAAGAUUGUACACCGUGAUGUUAAAAGUGAAAAUAUGUUGUUAGAUUCUCGUAGAACUCUGAAAAUUGCUGAUUUUGGAGUUGCUCGAGUUGAAGCUCAAAACCCAAGGGACAUGACUGGAGAAACUGGUACCCUUGGAUACAUGGCCCCCGAGGUCCUCGAUGGCAAGCCUUAUAAUAGGAAAUGUGAUGUAUACAGUUUCGGCAUAUGCUUUUGGGAAAUCUAUUGUUGUGACAUGCCUUAUCCUAAUCUGAGCUUUGCCGAUGUAUCUUCUGCAGUUGUUAAACAGAAUCUACGUCCAGAAAUCCCUAGAUGUUGCCCAAGUUCAAUUGCAAACAUUAUGAGGAAAUGCUGGGAUGCAAACCCAGAAAAACGCCCAGAGAUGGAUGAGGUUGUGAAGCUAUUAGAAGUGAUUGACACAAACAAAGGAGGUGGCAUGAUACCUGAAGACCAGGCUAAUGGAUGCUUUUGUUUCAGCGCAACUCGUGGUCCAUGAUUUUCAUAUUUUCACCUGCUUUUUCUUCCUUCUUCAAUUCUACUACUUUUUUAUGUUCAAACAAAGUUGUCAUAAAGCAGUUUAUAGCUAUAUUGCUUGUUUUGGGUGGGUUUUAUACUUCAUCGAAUUGUUGGUAAUGCACAUAUGUUGAGUUUA